AUGAAUUUCGUCAGCCUGUUGCUAAAUCUUGCAGUACUGGUACUCCUCCUUCUUCUGAAAGGCAAGCCCAGAAUGUUCUUAUCCCAUCUGCGUGCCAUGAUUGCUUCAACUGUCCUCCACGUUUUCCUCAGGACCAGUAGUCGCAUCAUCCCCAAGCGACGUCUUCUCGCUGACUCCAUACUGGCCCCAUUCAUCUGCCGCGCAGUACGGAGUCAUUAUCUCCUUUUCUGGACCAGCACAUUUGCGGUCCUCAUGCUGACAUUCACAGUGAGAAAUAGAGCGAUUCAGAUUGUCUGCAGAUACCAGUACUCCUACUCCACAUCCCUUAUCGGCAAUCUCUCCUACGUGAUUGGGUUUGGCCUAGUUAGCCUUACCUGCCUGAUUCCUCAAACAUUUAUCGUGCAGUGGGAUGACGGCAGUUGUACCUGUCUUGACAGGCACCUGCCCUACGAAAUACUUUUGUCCUACUACACUGGGACGUAUCUUCGGUUUGGGUUAACUGCAGGUCUAUGCACCAUCAUUUUGAGCAUCUCCUGCUAUAAAAUUAUCAGCUGGGUGCGAAACACACCCCGUGACCAGCUGUACGACACUUGGAACAUCCUCACCCUGCCCGGCACUUCGGAGGAGCAGGCGAAGGCACUACAUCGUCCGCAGGGCUGGAUGACGGCCUUGCUCUGA